AUGGCUAAUACGAUAGAUCUUAAGAAAGAAUUAUAUGAUGUCCUCCAAGAUUCUUCUGAGAUUCUUUCAGAUAAUGCUAAAUUGCGGGAUAAAUACAAAAAACAAGAAAAAGAUUUUAACCAGGAGAGGAAUAAAUGGGAUCGGGAUAGAAAGAAGUGGAGUAAAAAACUAGAGGAG